AUGUCCUGCCAGCAGAGCCAACAGCAGUGCCAGCCCCCUCCCAAGUGUGCCCCCAAGUGCCCUCCCAAUUCCGGGGGCUGCUGUGGUUCCAGUUCCGGGGGCUGCUGUGGUUCCAGUUCCGGGGGCUGCUGCAGCUCUGGCGGUGGUGGCUGCUGCCUGAGCCACCACAGGCCCCGCAGAUCUUUCCGUCGCCAUCGUCAGAGCUCUGGAUGCUGUAGCAGUGGUGGCAGCAGUGGCUGCUGUGGUAGCAGUGGUGGCGGCAGUGGCUGCUGUGGCACUAGUGGUGGCAGUAGCCAACAGUCUGGUGGCUGUUGCUAA